AUGAAGACCGUCAUCCAACGUGUCAAAUCCGCCUCCGUCACCGUCGAUGGCCAACUCAUCUCACAGAUUUCCAAAGGCCUGCUCGUCUUCGCUGCAAUAGGCAAGGACGACACGCGGAAGGAAGCCGAGAGCAUGGCCUCCAAAGUCCUCAAAGUCAAGCUGUGGGAGGACGAAAGCGGGACGAAGUGGAAGCGUAACGUGCAGGAGAUUGACGGGGAGGUGCUAUGUGUAUCACAGUUCACACUACUAGCUUCGACGAAGAAGGGCAACAAACCCGACUUCCACCGCUCCGCCCCACCCGCGAAAGGCAGGGAACUCUACGAUACGUUUGUAUCACAAGUCCGCACUUUGUACCGCGAAGACCGCGUCAAGGACGGCGUGUUUCAAGCCAUGAUGGACGUGGGGCUGGUGAAUGACGGACCGGUAGGUGUGGACUACCGCUCUAUAGACGAAGCGGUCACAAUCGAAAUCGAAACGAAUCCGCCUGAGGUGAACAACCCGUCUGGCUUUCCGGAUAAGCCUGAGUUCGGCGACACGUUCAAAGGCCAGGUUCACAAGAAGUUCGAAAUGCCUGCUUCGUUGCUUGAGUGA